CCGGGGUGUGUUGACACGGAAUGACUUAUACAACAGUUGUAUACCACAGAUUGUUUAUUACGAUGUUCAUAGUCAUUAACUUACUUCUUGCCAUUUUGCCUGCCCAAGGGGCAAUAGAUUGUCUGUGUGCCAAAGAGGAUCUCAGCGUCCCCACGAACACCGGGCACUUAGUGGUAGCACGUGAUGAGUGUACAGGCAUUGAGGACAAAGUUGGAGACAGUCACCAGGCCGUGUGGUUCCAGGUCAAACACGGCAAUGAGACUGGUUGGAUUAAAGAAGAUGCAAGCGUAAUGUCUGUUCUACCAUGCUGGAAUGUAACGAACAAAUUAAAACCAACAUGCACAGAUAUAUCCACUCAGUGUGCCGUCUACGAUAACGUCUGUGUCAAAAAUACUUUCUGGGCACACCAAAACUGCAAAAAAUACUGCAAUGUCUGUGAUACACAUCUCACCAUGUGUGGUGACGAGGAACCUAACUGUCACCUGUACGGCAAGUCGGCGUGUAGUCAGUAUGGCGUGUGGGCGCGUCAGAAAUGCAAGCAGUAUUGUGGUUUCUGCGAUGAAUUUUGUUUGGAUAACUUAAAGGACUGCUCAUCGUACGGCAAGUCUGUGUGUACACAGUAUGCGUCGUGGGCCUUGACUCACUGUCAGAACUUUUGCGAUUUAUGCGACGUAACAACAUCAACAACUACUACUACUGCGACUACAACGACGACGACAACAACUACUGUCGCCACAACGUUUUCAGGAUGCAAAGAUAUGGACGGCAUCAGCUGCAAGUGGCUCGACGAUACAAGUGACAUAUGCUCCGAUGAAGCCUCGGCACACGAGUAUUGCCCCAAAUAUUGUAACAUCUGUGGUGUGAGGACAGCAGUACUUUUUGGGCGGUAGCGUGAUGUUAUACAGUUGUAACAACGCCUGCAUUGUUAAAAUCAUUUCCCUGCACUAAAUUAUACCAUCGCG